GAGAUCAAACCCAGGCUAGAUGUUCUUAAAUCUGCGUUUUAAAUAAUUUUGCAGCCUGGAGACUUUGUAUGCAACUUGUUGUUCUGAGAGGAGCUGCUUGAAGAGGUGACAUUUUCGAUCUAGGUAAUUUUGUGCCACGAACUUUACGCACUGCGCGUGUUUAGGGCAAGUGGGUUUAUUAAUAACUUUACAUCAGAGAAUGUGUUGACAAAAAUGGUUUGUUUGUGCCACGAAAUGGAAAAUCUAUCAACAGUGUAAAAUCUUGAAAGUUUCUACAUCAAAAAGGCACCAUUUAUUCUUGCUGUAUAAUAAGUUACGGAUCCGAUAAAUGACUCAUGAAUCGGGUAAUAAUUUUCAGAUCAGUUGGAAGCAAUUCAUGUGAACAGCUUACUUUUUAAAAUGAUGUUUGGCAUCUGCUCAAUAUCGACUCAGCAGCCGGCAGUGCAGUGUUUGUUUUAAAACACCAAUACAACAGGGUAAUUCUGGGUGUGUGUAGAGAAAUACACAGGACAGACUCUGAGGAUUCAAAUCCAUACGGGCCGUUUUGUGCCCUAAAGCCUGAUCGGUUAAUCUCACCAGUCUCAGCGUGCUGGAGGAAUGAAGGUAUCUGCCACAGGCUAUUAACAACCUGCUGUUACUGGUCUGAUGGUGCCACACUGCAUUUUCAUUACUUGGCUUCAUUCGCUCUUGCUUUUAAAAAUGCUUUUUUCCCCUCACUUUUCGCUGCAGUGAUCAUUCGGCUCACAUUUGGAGAGUUGUGUCGCGCACCGCUGCGUUCAUUGGGGAAAGCUUCCCAUGUGGUCACUGCGCUGCUCCCUGCGUGAUUAUUUACCCCCACUGAUGUAUGCAAACACACGGCGCACUGUUGUCCUUGGCUGGAACGCAGAUCAGUCCCCUCUCGUGUUGUCCCAGCAGCCUAUCUGUGCUUUAUGUUUUCGUUUUUGUUUUUUUGUUUUUUGUUUUUUCAAAAAGAGGACCUAAGUCACAGGGAAGGAGACUGGCGUCAGCUUUGCAAAGUGAACUCAAAUCUCAGCCUGGAGCAAGCAACAAGAGGCAUGGCUGGAAAGCCUUUUCGGGCUACGUAUAUCUGGACAAGCAUCAUUUCCAAUCUCCAUACUCACGUGGAGGUUAAGCGGCGGCGCCACAACCUGAAGUCGUACCAUGACUGCUUCCUGGGUUCGGAGGCUGUGGAUGUGGUGUUGGCGCACAUCACCCUGAACCGUUUCUUUGGGGAUGAGGCGGUGCCCCGCUACAAGGCUGUCCGUCUCUGUCAGGCCCUGAUGGAAUCAAGGGUGUUUGAGCCUGUGGGCAUUAAAGUGUUUGGAAAGGAAAAGAAGAGAGCCACAUUUGAGGACAGCAGUUGCAGUUUAUACAGGUUUCUGAGUCCAGAGAGCAGCUCCACAGCAGCGUUGACCAACUCCCACUCCACCAGUACCAUCGAGAGCGGCUAUGAUUCCCCGAGCAUGAACAGGAACAAGAACGGCUACAGUCCAUCACGUGAAAGGCGAGAGGUGCUGAGCUACUCCACCCACUCCCCCGCAAAAAGCGACAAGUCACUGGAGGACGUGCUGGGAAACCUGAACCUCAGCUCGACCAUCACCCCUCAGAUGAUCAACCUCGGCCUCUCACAGCAGCUUGUGGAUGAAGUGUGGCACCAGCAGGCGGUGUUCAGGCUGCUGCAGCUGAUAGAGCUCCCUCUGUUGGAGAACCUGUUGGAGGGGAGGGACGCAUCACGACCUUCUCUGCAUGGCAUGGACAGCGACCCCGACCUGUUGUACACAUCCAGCUACCUGGACAGAGAGGUUCUGAAGGCGUUCAGUGAAGCACAGGCGGAUGAGUGGAUGUCAGGGGCGGUGGACUGUCUCGAGUUCCUGCCCGAUGAGCUGGUGGUGGAGGUCAGUCGAGGUCUGGCUGGUUGUGCAGACGACCUGCCUCAGUGUAAGAAGCUGCUCUACCAGGUCCUGACUCAACAUUACGGAGACACGCAGCAGCUGCCUCUGCUUAGCAACCACGUUUUCGAUAUCCACUCCGGCAUCUCUGAACUACUUGUGAACGGGAAGACGGAGCUCGCUCUGGAGGCACUGCAGCUGAGCCUGAAGCUGCAGGGCUCUCGCAGCAGGGAGGAGCUCCGGAGGCUCCUGAGAUUCAUGGCCAUUGCAGCCAAACGGCAGGAAGUCAAGCUUCACAAAGAGAUCGAGAACAGGAUGGCGGUGAAAAGGUCUUUCUCCAGUGCCAUCGUCUACAGCAGGAGACUCUCCAAAGGAAAGGUGGACUUGAUGGUUCUGUUUAUGAUGGACAACCACUGUGAUCUGUUCAAGAUUCCCGUCUCAUUGCACAAGAUGGUUAGUGACAGAGUCAUGAAUAUCGUCAAGGGGAAGGAUCCAGAUACGAUGACAGGAUCGACAUACUGCACAAGGUUAAGUGCUAAGGACUACUCAGAAAAUGCCGAUAAAACCACUAAAGAAGAGCUUUUGUCUUUACUGCGGACAGUCCACGAGAACCCUCAACUCUCCUCCAAAGAGAAGAGACGGCUACUGGGACAGUUUUACAAAGGCCACCCGGAGAUUUUUAUUCAGUACUUUGGAAACAGGCUGUCAAGUGUCAACAUGUUGCUACGGUAAUAUUUAUCAGUUUGAAUAAAAAUCAUGUGUUAUAAUAUAAAACGAGGUAGAUUUAAAAAGUCAGUGUGACACAAAUGAUUUGGAUUUUUUUCCUUGUCUGUAAAUAGUUAAGACUACUGAGCAAGAAUGUGAAUUUUAACUGUUGAGACUGUCUAUAAGCUGCAAUAUUUAAGGACAUAUUUACUUUAUUUGGUGCAGGACACUAACAUGCGAUGUCCUUGUUUGUUUUGUAUGAGACUGUUACUUUCCCCAAAAAGAAAAAUAUGAACCAAGAAUUCCUGAGAGAUUUUUCUUUCUGUGUUUUCACAUCACAUUCUGAUGAUGAAGCAAGUAAUGAUGAAUCUGUGCAUGGCUUAUCAAUGGAUAUACUGUUUGUGCUUGUGCAAUAGGGACAGUGUUAGCAAUAGAAAUAUGUCAUUUCAUGUGGUUUCUCAAAUACAAUGUGAUGUACAGUGCAGCUAUGUGUGAGGAGCCUUCAAACGGAAAUUUGAAACUGGAAAUUUGAAAGUCUGAUGUUGCGCUGUAGCAAACAGUACGAGUUAUUCAUGAGAUUCAGCCCUCUGGCUUGUUGUGUUUGUUGCAACAAAUCAACAAAACAGAUGUUGUACUUUUUUUGUUGUUGUGUUUUUUCAACUGAAAACCUUUGCCACGUUUUAGUGGCAUCUUCAGCCUUUUGUUUUAAAUACGGUUUAUGUAAUCCUUCUAAUCAGAUGAGGAAAUUGCUUCCAAAUUUCCACACGCAACAAGAAUUCCUAGACCAAGUUAAAACCGCAAACAUCUUGUUUGUGUUUUUGCAGAUCUGUAAUAAAAUUCAACUGGAACUGUUUAGUGUUUAAACAUUUACAUGGUCCCGUUUGAAUAAAAGACAUAAAGAGACCAAAUGAUAUGUGGUAAGUUUACCAAUAUAGCCACAUAAAUUUGAUACAAUUUGCAGUGCUUGUCCAGUGCUUGAUUCGCUCACAUGGAACAAACAGUCACGUUUUUUCCCUCCAAAUAAAGUGUCAUAAAUGUGAUGGCUGCUUUUGUUUCUUCAUGUCGUCUAAAAAAAACUUGUGAAAUUGUUUUUCACCUGAAUUGUCUUUGUGUAAAAUAAAAAAAAAAGUAAUUUGGGAGUCCA